AUGGAUUUCAUGAAAUUCAUUCCUAAGAAGGAGGAUUCAGCUACUGUGAAGGACUUCAGGCCAUUAAGUUUCAUCAGUAGCUUCUAUAAGAUUGUAUCUAAGUUGCUGGAUGAGAGAAUCAAAGUGCUCAUUCCUGGUCUAAUAUUUAAUACUCAAUGUGCAUUCAUAAAAAACAAACAUAUCUUGGAUGGAAUUAUUAUAGCAAAUGAAUGUAUUAAUAGUAGGUUAAGGCAGAAAAAACCUGGAAUUUUAUGUAAGAUAGGUAUGGGGAAAGCCUUUGACAAUGUCAACUGCCCAUCUUUAUUUACUAUCUUGAGGAAGAAUGGUUUUGGGGAGAAGUUAGAAGUUCUUUCAAUGCUGCUAGAUGAUGCUGUUGCAAACAAUAAAAUUGGUGGUUUCCAGGUGAUGGAAGGAGGAACUAUGAUAUCUCACAUGCAAUUUGCAGAUGACACAAUUAUCAUGCUGAAUGCUUCACAUUUAGAGAGGUAUUGCUUAUUACUUAUUUGGGAUAUUCCUAUUGGAGCAUCUAAACGAAGUGUAACAAUAUGGGAUGUGGUUAUUGAAAGAAUGAAGAACAAGCUGGUACCUUGGAAGAGAAAGUUUCUCAAUAAAGCAGCUUCAUCCGAUCGAGUCUUUACUGAGGGUUACCGCGUUCUGCUUCCGCAGCACUCUGAUGCGGUUGGCAAAAGGAGUCGUGCAGUUACAAGCAUUCGGUUAGGUGGGUGUGACUGUCAUGAUGAAGUUGGGGAAAACCCAGGAGCCACAAUGUGA